GCCGACUCUCCGCGGGGCCCAGCUCCGGGGCCGGCAUCCUCCCCGGAGCCUCCCUCUGCCCCGGGCGCAGCGCGAGCAGCUGGGCGCCUCGCCCACCGGAGCCGGCGGAGCACACUGCCUCCGGAUGGCUUAUCCAGAGGAACAGGGGGGCAUCCCCUUUGGUUUCAUCCGCCAGAAUUCGGGCAACUCCAUCUCCUUGGACUUUGAGCCUAACACCGAGUACCAGUUCGUGGAGCAAUUGGAAGAGCGCUACAAAUGUGCCUUCUGCCACUCAGUGUUGCACAACCCCCACCAGACUGGGUGUGGCCACCGCUUCUGCCAGCACUGCAUCCUGUCCCUGAGAGAAUUAAACGCAGUGCCGACCUGCCCUGUAGACAAGGAGGUUAUCAGACCCCAGGAGGUGUUCAAGGACAACUGCUGCAAAAGGGAAGUCCUCAAUUUAUAUGUCUAUUGCGCAAAUGCUCCUGGAUGUAAUGCCAAAGUCAUUCUGGGACGAUACCAGGAGCAUCUUCAGCAGUGCCAGUUCCAGAUUGUGCCGUGUUCUCACGAUCCCUGUCAGGAGCCCGUCCUCCGGAAGGAUCUGAAAGAGCACCUGAGUGCCUACUGUCAGUAUCGGGAGGAAAAAUGCCUCUAUUGCAAAAAGGCUGUGGUGGUCACCAACCUUCAGAAUCAUGAGGAAAAUCUGUGUCCUGAGUAUCCGGUGUCAUGUCCCAAUAAGUGCUUGCAGAUUAUCCCAAGAACGAAGGUGAACCAACAUCUGGCUGUGUGUCCUGAGGCUGAACAAGACUGUCCCUUUAAGCAGUAUGGCUGCCCCGUGAAGGAGAAGCGUGGGAGCUUGCAUGAACAUGAGCACACGGCCUUGCGGGAGCACAUGCUUCUGGUGCUAGAGAAGAACCUCCAGCUGGAAGAACAGAUUUCUGAGUUGUAUAAGAGCCUGGAGCAGAAAGAAAGUAAAAUCCAGCAGCUAGCAGAAACGGUGAAGAAAUUUGAAAAGGAGUUUAAGCAGUUUUCACAGUUGUUUGGUAAAAAUGGAAGCUUCCUCUCCAACGUCCAGGUUCUUACCAGUCACAUUGACAAGUCCACUUGGAUGGAAGCUCAGGUGCGUCAAUUAUUACAAAUGGUUAACCAGCAACAAAACAAAUUUGACCUGAGACCGUUGGUGGAAGCCAUUGACACAGUGAAGCAGAAGAUAACCCUGCUAGAAGCCCAUGACCAAAGAUUAGUUGUUUUAGAAGGGGAGACCAGUAAACACGAUGCCCACAUUAAUAUCCACAAAGCCCAGCUGAAUAAGAAUGAAGAGCGCUUCAAGCUCCUGGAGGGUGCCUGCUACAACGGGAAGCUCAUCUGGAAGGUGACUGACUACAGGAGGAAGAAGAAGGAGGCAGUGGACGGGCACACAGUGUCCAUCUUCAGCCAGCCCUUCUACACCAGCCGCUGUGGCUACCGGCUGUGUGCCAGAGCAUACCUGAACGGGGACGGGUCCGGCAAGGGGACUCACCUGUCUCUGUACUUUGUGGUGAUGCGUGGGGAGUUUGACUCACUGUUGCAGUGGCCGUUCAGGCAGAGGGUGACCUUGAUGCUCUUGGACCAGAGUGGCCAAAAAAACCACAUUAUGGAGACCUUCAAAGCUGACCCCAACAGCAGCAGCUUUAAAAGACCUGAUGGGGAAAUGAACAUUGCCACUGGCUGUCCCCGCUUUGUGGCUCACUCCACUUUGGAGCAUGCCAAGAACACCUACAUCAAAGAUGACACCUUGUUCUUCAAAGUGGCCGUCGACUUAACUGACCUGGAAGACCUGUAGCUCCUGUUUGUAGGGGGAGAAAAGGGAGCUUGUAUCCAGAACCAUGGAUACACUGGAUUCUCCCGUUGACCUGGUUUAGACUCAGUGCACACUUGUAUUUGGCUUUUUUGCCCUUAUGAUUAGAAAUCAGUUUAAGACUUCAGAAGGGCUUUAGAAAUGUCUUCUAACAUUUUCCUCUGCCCCAAUCUGAAACUUAACCCUUAGUAUCUUGUUAUUUAUAUAUUUUGGUGUCAUGGAAAGUGGUGAGUUUCUUGACAGCAGGGGCUGGGACACCGUCUUUCACUGGUGCUCCGCACAGUAUCUCGGGCGCUGGGUAAGAGUACAUGUUACUGGGGACACGGAGGUUGUAGAAUUCCCAACUGAAAAUGCUCUGGUAUUUCGUUGUUUGGCUUGAUGAUUCUGGACUGAGCGAAGUCAUCUUUUACAAGUUAGGCUGUUCCAGUUAAGUAGGAGGCAGUGCAGUCACUGAGACAAUAUGCCUGGUUGGGGCCACAUUUUUGUUAUUGUUGUUCUUGUUAGCUGUUAAAUUACCAUACCUCUAAGGUGUUACAUCCAGCAAACUGAAGUUUAGAUUUUGCUAACUCCAACCAUGUCAAAACCUGUUUUCAAAGAUUAGCAGUGGUCAGGGUAUAGCAGUUCCAUAAGACUUAAUGGAAUAAAUGUGCAUAUACAUACAUGUGCACAAAUAGGUUGAAGGUGCUUGUUAAUAACAGUAAAUUAAGAGGAAUAUGGGCAGAAUUUAGUGUAUGAUAGAGAAAACAGCAUAAAUGAACAAAGGGACCGUAAAACCACCUAGGAAGAGAACCAUUACAAUUUCAUACAGGUAUCAGAGGUACUCCCAUUCCAAAACUGAUCGCUCUAAGCAAUGUCUCCUAUUUUUUGUUGUUGUUUUUAAAGAUGUAUUUAUUUGAAGGGCACUGUGACACAGGGAGGGAGAAAUAGAGAAAGAGUGUUUCAUUCAUUGGGUCACCCCCACCCCAAAUGACUGCAGCAGCUAAGUGUGGUUCAGGCCAAAGCCAGGAGCCUAGAACUCCACGGGGGCCUACCACAGGGUGACGGGGCCCAAGCAGUUGGGCCGUCUUCUGUGGCCUUCCCAGGCAUUUAAGUAUAGAGCUAGGUCACAGGUGGAACAGCCGGAACUUGAACGUGGUCUGAUGUUAGAUGCUGACUUUGUAGGUAGCAGCUUGACCUGCCAAUGCCAACUGCUCUCCUCUUUCUGAGAGACAUUUUGAAUUCAUAAGCUGGUCUGAAAAUGGGCAUUUUCAGGUUUGUUGCCAGAGUCCUGAGUACAUGUGAAGAACAAAAAUAGAUCCUGUUCUAAUUGUCUGGACGGGUCCAAGGGUGUGUGGGCAGUCAAGACGAGGGCCUAAGGCUCUGAGAAGCCUGAGCUGAAUAAUAGACAGAAAGCCAAAAAACACCAACUUUUCCAGAGACCUUAUGCCCCAUUAUGCCAUAUGCCACUGUUCACGAGUGACCCGACACCCCUGAACAUGCCAUGAUGGGUCAUGGUUCAAGGGCCACUGUAGAGUGGCUCCAUGGGGUCACAAUCAUGUCCCUAGUUUAGAAGCAGCAUGGGGUGUGGGAGUGGCUUCUAAGAUGGACAGCAGCCUUCUUCUCUUGGGGUGGACUCUCCAGGGCAUACAGUCUGAGACCACGGGAAUCAUGUCGAGCAUUGGAUACAGAGGUGCAGUGCACAGUGGACACAUACCGCCAGGGCCGUGCUGGAGCUGCUGGUGGACUCGGUUGCACAGUUGGAGGUCUACAUGCCAGUGCAGACCAACUCAGCAAGCAGAACUCCAGCCUACAUGGCCACACGUUCUCUGUGUUUCUCGUCAUGUUCAAGGUCACUCUUUAUGUUCUCCUUUGAGUGGAAGAUCAUAUUGUUGUAAUGAGUCUUUAGGUUUUGAUUUUUUUUAAAUGGACCUGUCAAAAUAAAGACUGUGUUUUAACCAA